AUGAGUUUCUUUAUGGUACCAUCAGUGUCAUAUCAGACACAAGAGAAAUUAAAGAAACAUAAAAAGGUCAAAGGAACUAAAAAGAAGAGAACAUCCCCCACUAGUGGAACUUCAACUCCUACCAAAUUAAGAACAAGUUCAAGUACAAAAGGAAGUGUAACCAGUGAAGAAAGUAAUCAUCAGCAUCAGCCACCAACACUGCCAAUUGAUAAAAAAAUACCAUUACCAACAUCUGAAGAUUUCACUAAUAGUAAACAACAAUCACCAUUACCUAAAGUAACUGAACCUGAAGAAGAUCUUUCACUUAAAAUUGCAUCUAGAUUUAGUGAAUCAUUAAAUAAAUCACCACAAUAUCAUGGAAUGUCAACAACAGCUUCCUUAACCUCAUUACCUGGAGCCUCUAAUACAGCCAAUACAUCAUCUCCAUCCGCAGGUGGGGCAACCGCAACAGCAAUGGGCAUCACUCAUUCAUAUCAUGGAGUAACACAACGACAGUAUUUAGACCGUCCUCAAGUCCAUUAUGUUAGACCAAGGUCAGGAUCAGUAUAUUCGCAUGCGAUUGUCAAUCCAUCAGAUUCACAUCAUCCUUCAUUAUCUUCCCAUAGUAGACAAGGAACGGCUAAUAAUAUGUCAGUAGCUUCUGGGUCGGGUGCUCCUGUGAUUACACCUAAAGGGUUCAGGAAAUUGUCAUUGUUCGCCAAGUCGUCAUCACCGGCACAACCACAACAACAACAACAACAGCUGAGAAGGGGUAGUGAUGUGAGUAGUAUGCAUUCAAAAGCAACAGUAGGGCUGGGGAAUAUUGGCGAUACUUCUGAGGUUCUGGCUAGAGGUGUACCUAAAUUUAAACCAAUUAUAGAUUUGACGGUUUUGAAUAGUAUGGAAGAAAUGGAGAAAUGUUUCUUUACUCCAGGAUAUGCUAUAUUUAGAUAUAAUAAUUUUUUAGCAUUAUUGAGUGAUAAUCAUACUAGUGAUGCAGUUAAUUUUGCCAAUGUUAGAAAUCAUUCAUUAUUAAAAUUUAUUGUUCGACAGAAGAAUGCCGGUCAUUUAUUAAAGAAGAAGCAUGGAUUUGAACAUUUUGAUAUUAGAGUAUAUGAAAGUUUAUUAGCUUAUGAAUUAUAUACUUCUCGAGAAUUUAUGAGAAAAUUGAUUAAAGAAGCUAGUGAUAAUCAUCAAUUAUAUAAUCAUGAAGAAUUGGUUCAGACUAAUUUUGUUAAUUAUGUGAGAUAUUUAUUGAAUUUACCUAAAGAUGUUAAGAUGAAGGAUUUGACUGACGAUGAAAGAAGACAUUAUGAAUAUAAGGAUUUAUUCAAACGAAUUGCCGAGGGGUUAUAUUUGAUGAAGAGAGAAGAAACUAAUGAUAUUGUUACUAAUGAGAAUGAUUGGGCUUUGAAGACUAAAUUAUUAUUGGAAACUAUUACAAAAGUAUGUUAUGAAUAUAUCUUAUUGGAGAAAUAUAGUAUUGAUAUUUUUACAAAAUUUCAUGAUAAUAAAAUAUUUGAUUUACGUAUAUUAUCCAAGAUUUUUAAUAAUUUCCAUGAACAUAUGAAGACUCAAAAUCGUGAAAGUUGUAAAUUAUUAUUUUUCAACACAUUUUAUUCAAUUCAAUAUGGAUGGUAUAUUGCAUUAACAGUCCCAUUUGUUCGAGUAUUUGAAACCAAUGUCUAUGUUGAAGAUAAACAUCUUAUUGAGAAUGAAACCCGAUAUCAUCAAUUUGCUCAAUCUAAACAACAAAUCGAUUUCACUGCCAGUGAUUCAGAAUUAUAUGACACAUAUUUCAAAAAAUUAUUAUUUUCAUCAUUUGAAGAAUAUAAUCAAAUGAGUUUGGAGAAAUUAAUCAAAAUAUUAAAAUUAAUCGAUAAUCAAUCACCCAAAUAUUCAAGAAUUAAUCGUCAUGAAAUCCCAGAUCCAUCGGCGACAUAUAGUCAUAAUCCUAUGAAUUUCGAAUAUUUCAACUCUGGUUUAAGUUCAAUCCAAUCAAACACUUUUGAAAUGGUAAGUUGUCCAGACUUACCUCUUCAAGUCAAUAGCGCGAAUUAUAAAACCAUCCUAAAUGAAUUUCAUCGGAUAUUAAAAAUUGACGGAGUUUUCGAGACUAAUUGUUUACAAUUCGGUUCUAAAACAAUUCAUCAAUUUCUAGAACGAAAUAGAAGUGGAAGUUUUCCAAGAAAUUGGGAUUAUGAUGAAUUUAAUCUUGUGAAUUAUUAUACUGUCAUGCCAGAAUUUGUUCAAACUGUCUUAAUGGCAUUAUGUGAUAUUUUCGGUAAGGAUAAUGUCACAUAUAAUAUCUUAUUAUUACUGUCUAAUUUGGAAGUGAAUAAUUUUUUGAUUAAUUUUAAUGGAUUGAAAUUAUUUGAAUUGGUGGGGAAAUUUAGUGAAUAUUGUAAUUUGUUUGAAGAUACUGGGGAAUCAGUUAAGCUGGAUAAUGAUACUAGUAUCCAUUUUAUGGUUCAUAUUAAGGCGAUUAAGACGCGGACAAGUUUAUUCUGA